GGGAAAGCAGCUGGAUCUAUUAUUUUGGGUCAUGUUGCAUGUGUUUUUCCAAGUUUGCAACUCUGGGUUAAGAACGCAAUCGCCAGCAGCAGCGUCAUGUCUGCCCUAUUGCUCUGUAUCACUGGAUUACUGUGUGGGAUCCUGGCGCCCCCCUGGUACACUUCUGCACAACAUCCCAGGGAGAGCCGUGAGAGCUGCGAUCUUUUGUGGGAGGAAAACAAUGUCACACAUUUCUGCUACCAGUUCAACUUACAAUCUGCUCUCUCGUGGAAGGCAGCUCGUGAGUCUUGUCAAGCUCAAGGGGGUGAUCUGCUAAGUAUCAUGAAUCUGGCAGAACAGAACCAGAUUUCCGAGAAGUUGAAGAAUGUGGACACCAUGGUAUGGAUUGGCCUUAAUCAACUGGAUGGGUUAUUUGGAUGGCAGUGGUCAGACGGAGCGGCCUUGGCAUUUGUCAACUGGAAAACAAAUUCCUCCCCCUGGUUCCAUGAGAGGCAACACUGUGGAACGUAUUCUGCAGGAGGAGAACACAAGUGGCACAGCACUGAAUGUGAAUCCAAACUUCCUUAUGCUUGUAAAAAGUACCUCACCCCAAGACAACGUGAACUCUACGAGCACUGGAGGUACUACCCAACGCAGUGCGCGUCCGAUUGGAUCCCUUACAACCGGCGUUGCUGUAAACUCCAGAAGGAAGAGUUGGGCUGGUCCGAGGCAUCUGCUGCCUGUCACAGUGAUGGAGGGGAAUUAAUGAGCGCAAACUCACUGGCAGAUGUGGAAUUUUUAGUUCAUCUCCUUGAUGACGAAAACGUCAGCGAAGCCUGGAUUGGAAUGAGCUCUAAUCACAGCGAUCCUGCGGAGUUUCAGUGGUCGGAUGGCUCAGCCGUGACCUUCACCAGCUGGCAGAGGCAUGAACCCAAAAUCACCCUGGAGGACAGUGACCUCUGCGUGUCGGCACACAAUGCUGACGGAAAUUGGAAAGCGAGACCUUGCAGAAGAAAACUCUCAUCCGUUUGUAAGAAACCCGGUCUAUCCGAGACGGUGGAUGCGAACGACGAUGAAAAGUGUGCAGAGGGCUGGGUUAGGCACGCUGCUUACUGUUAUGGGACUGACUUACAAGAUAAGACUUUCAUGCAAGCCGUAGAGGAUUCGAGCUGCCACCCAGCAACUAUAUCUAACAGGUUUGAACAGGCUUUCAUUAACAGCCUGAUAGCCAAUAAUUUGAUACCUGGAGAUUCUUACUUUUGGAUUGCACUUCAAGACAUUAACAAGACAGGAGAGUACAGCUGGUUAGUAAAUGGUAAAGAGGACGGGGAUGUCGGCUUCACACACUGGGACAUCCAGGAGCCAAGUCAUAACGGAGGUUGCGUUGUCCUGAGUAGUGGAUCCAGUAUGGGACAUUGGAACGUAAAGGACUGUGAAAGAUUCUCUGCAAAAUCCCUGUGCAAAUUGCCUCUGACAGCAAACGUAGAAAGAGAAUUAAACCUGUAUGAAGGGCUUAUGGACCAAACCUGUGCGCCAUCUUGGGACACAGAGCCACACCUUCAUCACUGCUAUAAGGUGUUUCAUCAUGAGAAACUGAUGAGGAAAAGGACCUGGCAAGAAGCUGAAGACACAUGCCAAGAUUUUGGAGCUCAUCUUGUCAGCUUAUCAAAUUUAGAGGAAGAACAGUUUGUAGAAGAACUCAUAAGCAGCAUGUUUAAUGGAGAUGGAAAACGAAAGUUUUGGAUUGGGUUCAAUAAGCGGAAUCCAUCUUCUAAAGAUUCUUGGGAAUGGUCAGAUAAGUCCCCAGUUGUGUCAUCAUUUUGGCAUGAUGCAUAUCCCAGUGAUGUCUCAAUGAGCUGUGCGGCGUACGGGGCAGAUAAGCAGUUAAUGACAUUAAAUUGCAGCACACAAGAAGAGUGGAUCUGCAAAAUUCCAAAAGGAGUGAUUCCCAAGACCCCGGAUUGGCAUAUUCAAGAUAUUCCAUGGGUUUUCCAUCAUGGACAUAAUUAUUGCUUCCAUGAUAUAAAUGCUCAUUUUGAUGUAGCGAGGUUUAUCUGUGACAUGAUGCAAAGUGGAAUAACCUCCAUACUUACUGAGGAGGAGCAAGCUUUCAUACAUCGGAGAAUAAAAAAGAUAUCUAAAGAGAAACAGAAAUGGUGGAUUGGACUGGAAAAUGAAAAUGGACUCCAAAGAUGGGGUGACGGAUCAUUUGUCACAUACAGUAACUGGAAAACCGAUCCACAGAGAGAUGUCAACAGCAGUACAACAGCGGGAGCACGGCAGUGCGCCUACAUAGAAUCGGACACAGGGCUGUGGAGUUUCUCGGAUUGCCUCUCCCCGAAUUCAGCCAUAUGUAAAACAAACCUAAUAUUCAAAAUGGAAAAGCACUACACCCCAGUGGAUAAUGAUCAUGACCAGGAGUACGAGAUCUGUCCAGAGGACUGGCUGUACUAUGGGAACAAGUGCUUUUUUGUCUACAAAGAUGGAAAUAUGGACUGGUAUUCGGCUUCAAACUACUGUAGGGAACAUGGCGGAGGUCUGGCCACAAUUACAAACGGGAUAGAACAAGCUUUUAUAGUUAUGCAGCUGUUUGGAGAGAAGAGCGGCUUCUGGAUCGGAGUCGGCAAAACUGACUAUGAUUUAUGGAAAAACGGCACCGCAGAAACAUAUAAUAAUUGGACUCCAGCUCAAUAUAACCAUAAGGAUGUAAAUGACCAAGACCGGCUAUGUGCUCUGAUAUCAGCAAAUCAGAACGUUCACCCAACUGGAAAAUGGUAUCUUGAAAAGUGCAGCCCUAAAGGCUAUGGAUUUAUCUGCGAGAAAGAACUGGACAUUUCCGACCUUGCCAUUAGCAGCUCUGAUAUGUUCCCAGUAUCAGAGACCAUGGAGUACGGAGAUAAAACAUACAGAAUAAUAUCUGGCAAUAUGUCCUGGUACGAUGCCUCCGCUGAGUGCCAAGAAUAUGGGGGUAACUUAGCUGGCAUUACUGACCAGUAUCACCAAGCCUUUGUGACCAUCCUUGUCCAUCGCUUGGGAUAUCCUCAUUGGAUUGGAUCCUACAGCGCUGAUAGUAAUGACGAUUUUAAGCGGAUAGAUGGCGUUACGUCUCAGUUCACAUCAUGGGCGGAUGAAGAGUCGCCAUCCGAUGGAAACUGUGUGUACACUGACACUAGUGGGUACUGGAGAGCUGAAGACUGCGAUACAGAACUGCAGGGGGCGCUGUGCCUUCCAACGACAGGUUAUUCGGUUUCCAUUUUUGCCACGGGAAUCUACACAGCAAGAAAACACUUCAUUAUACCAAUUGCUGUGUUAUCAACAAUGCUGAUCACCAUGUCUUUAUGGUAUCUGCUUAAAAGGAAGAGAUGCCUUUCAAGCCAAAGCAUUCAGAGACUCCAGUACACCCCAUCCAGCCCAGAGACUGAUGAUGUAGAAUUAUGCAUUCCUAUUGCAGACUAAAAUAAUAGGGAGAACCAAUAGUAAAGAAAAAUACAAAGGAAACUUAAAAAAAAAUAAUUCCCACAUCACCUGAGCCUCUUCAGAAGACAAUAUAUUUUCUCAUACUGUAUAUGUAUAUUGGGUAAGUUGAAAUCCCCUUCAAUAACUGCAUGCAUAUACACAAAUCAGUGCCGUCAUUGCACUUGGCAUGGCUUUGUAAUGCAGCUUUUGUGGCCAUAAACCACACUACAAAAGCAUGUGAUUUUGCCAUGCGGUAACUGGACACACUACUGCAACCACAGGUGACGGGUGAAGUGAAUAACUUUAUCUCAUUACAGUGGCCCGUGUCAGGGAUGGGAGAUAUUCAGCAGCAGGUGAACAAUCAGGUCUUCAAGCUGAUGUUAGAAGCAGGAAAAAUAGGCAAGCGUGAGGAUCUGAGUGAUUUGGACAAGGGCCAAAUUGUGAUGUCUAGAUGACUGGAUUUGAGCAUCUCCAAGAUGCAAGUCUUGUGGUGUGUAUCUCCCAAAAGUGGUACGUGGAAGGAUGACUGGUGAAACCAGUGGCGUAACUAGAAAUGACAGGGGCCCCACAGAAAACUUUUGAUGGGGCCCCUCUUCCCCAGCAAAUUCUUCGCAACCCCCUCCUCCCAUGCAACCCUCACUCCUGUGGCUAGUCAAGAUUGCUCUCUUAAGCGAGGUCCGGCAGCCGCUCCAUCCAUUUCCUACACAUAUAUACUGUAUGUCAUGUCACUGUAUAUAAUGCAUUGUAUAAUACUAUUGACAGUAACAUCUUUUAGUGCUCCUCCUGGGUGGACCCCUUCUGAGUUUGGGUCCCAAAGCAGCAGCUACCCCUGCUUCCCCUAUAGCUGCGCCCCUGGGUGAAACAGCCUCAGUGUCAUGGAUGCCAAAGGCAUGCUGAUGCUCAUGGGGAGCGAGGGCUCAUCUGGUUUGAUCUCACAGAAAUGCUGCAGUAUUACCGAAAAGCACCGAUUACCAAAAAGCUACUGCUGGUUACGACAGAAAUGUGUCAGAAUGCACAGAGGGGCACAUUUACUAAGCUUUUGGAAUAAAAAGAAAACAAAACAGGAGUAUUUGCAAAGUCUAUCUUCAAUUUGCACUCAUUUAUUAUCCAUUAAAAGGGUUAUCUAAUAUCAUAAGCAGCCCCCCCAUGUGCUGGGCCCCUCAGAGGGAAUAUACUUACCCCGCUCCGUGCUCCACUCCUGGU